AGAAAGCGUACAAAUCUGGAUUCUGAGAUCGCCCUCCUGGAAAGCGAGGGCGUAGGAGUGCAGGAAUUGGAACAGCAUAUUGACCUGCUGCAUGAGUACAAUGACAUAAAGGACAUUGGUCAGACCCUGUUGGGCAAACUCGGGUUCCUGUUUUAUGAGUGACGUUUGAGUGACCAUGCUUCUCCGUCUGUGCAGCAAUGACUCGAGGUGUAACUACACGCGACUUGUAUGACCACUUUGGACUUCAGCUAGAUGACUAAGGUGUUGCUUUCAUGAACUCUAACGUGCUGGAGUGAUGGUAAACUUCUCGUUACACCUAUUCACCCAGUUCUGCAACACCUGGUCUAAUUCUGCUGAAUUGGUGAUCUUCUCUAUGACAACUUGGAGGUACACAGGUAGUUAAACUCCUGUACAAUACAGCAUGAAUUGUGUGUCUUUUCAUAGAAAUUAUAAUGCACUUUAAAAUAAAAGUUGUAUAACUGAGCGUGUUGGAGCAAUGAGCUUCACCUACCUCGUGCUAAUGGUUAUGAGAUUUUUAAGUUAUGUAUUUUAAUGUUAUGUUUAUUUAAAUAGUUAAUGUUUCUAGAAGAGUUGGAGGAUUGAUGCACAUACAUUGAUUUUCCUGAUUAUAAAUGUAUGGUAUGAUUACAGCCAACCAUGCAGUUAAAUAAAAAGGACAAGAUAUAUUGUGUUUUUUAUUGUACAUCAGCAUCAAGUUGCUGUUAAUGUACAAAUACUGGAACACAUAAGAAAGGUUACAGAAAUGCUGUGUCAUUCAAUUUCCCAGCUGAUAGCUGUGUUCUCAACUGCUAUCUUUGAAGGAUAAAUGAAGGCACAUAGUCUUUCUGUCAUCUCCCCAUCCAAGCCGGAGAUAUCUCACAAAUGCAAUCAGGGAAGACCCUGACUGCCUUCGUACAAGAACUCUGUCCCCAUGUUAAUCUCUGAAUGAGCCUAAUCUCAGAUUUAUCCCCCAGACUAUAAAGCAGGCCACAUUCUCUUUUGGAGUUUAAUGCAAGCAGUCAUAUCAACAUCUAGCAAUAAAAAUGGUUAUCUGAGGUGUACACGGUCAUUUCCAAACGAUAUAAUUGCUAAUUGUGUAAUCUUAUCAGUAUUCUAUCCUUGUAAUAAUUAUAAAAAGCAAAUGAGAAACCAUAAAACACAAUACUCAUUUUAACAUGUAAUAAAAUACUUUCCAAUACUUUUAUGUAAGAAAAAGCUAUAAUUGGAAACUGGGACAACAUUAAAAUGGACUAACAAAGUAAUCUCUGGUUUGUGUCUAUUUUACCGCUUUGCCUACUAUCGGAAUAGUCGUGCCGAAUGGUUAUUUUGAUUUAACCAACAUAUUGUUUAAACUACAGCUAAAACAGUUAUUUUAUAAGAACUGAAUAGUUCAAUAAUAGAAAUGCGGCAUGUCAUACUGUACGGAUCCGGAAUUACUAGAGAAGGAAUAACAUUUUUCCCCAGCAGUCUUGGUUCUAUCAUGCGCGAAAUGAAUCAUUAUUCCCGAAGGUUUUUAUUUGUCGCUUGUACGCAGUGCCUUUUGCCCCCCCUACAGGGUGUAGUAAGGCUGCCCUGCCACCGGCCGCAUUACCGCAGCGCCGAGCGCCGCCCGACCGCCGAGCUCCGGGGCCGAGUCUCCUUGACAGCGCUGUUCCUCAACGUCAGGUCCCGCCUACGGUGACGUAACGAGAGGCGAUGAGCGACCUCAUUGGUUCGGCGCCUGUCCAUCACGACCGCCGAUGGGGCGGGAGCAGGGAAGGGAAAUUAUAAGGUCAUUUGAAUUAACUCCAGCUCAAAACCAACCCACUGUUUUUUUUUUUUUUUUAAGUCAAUGAAACAAAGACGUAGAUAAGAAUGAGUCAAUGAAUUAAAAAGGCGAAGACCGGGAUGCGAUCUCACCUUGGGGAGUAGUGGCACGGAAUAGCUGGUGAUAUCGCCGGGUGUACUAAAACGCAUGCAGUAGCUGGCUAGUUAGCCAGGGCAGGCGGUUUAGCUAAGCCGAUCGAAGGAGGAACUGCGUGCGGCUGGGGGGGGGUCUUCGUCUGUUAUCAUUUCGCCGGAAUAUUCGCUGGAUACCGGGGCGUGCGAUCAAGGAUGUUGCGACUGGCCUGCUGUACCGGCUUACUCUUCUUGUUGAGACUAAUCAUGGACCUGCCGUGGUGGCAGGUCGUCACCAGUGUCAUCAUUUUCUACCUGAGCUCCGGUGGCUGGCGAUUUGUUGACAUCGUGGUGAAGACCCUGGGCAGAGACCUCCGCGCGGCUCUCCUACUGCUGAGGGUGAAGCUCAAUGUCAGGAGGCAUCUGCGCCAGCGCAACACCAUCCCCAAGAUCUUCGCGGAGACCCUGCGGCGGCACCCGGACAAGACGGCGUUGAUAUACGAGGCCACUGGCGAGGCGUGGACCUUCCGGCAGCUCGACAUCUACUCCAACCGCGUGGCCAACCUCCUGCUGCAGAGGGGCUUCAAGGAGGGUGACGUGGUGGCCCUCUUCAUGGAGAACCGGCCGCAGUACGUGGGCCUCUGGCUGGGGAUGGCCAAGAUCGGCGUGGAGGCGGCACUCAUAAACUUCAACCUGCGCAUGGAUGCCCUACUGCACUGCGUCACCAUCUCGAACGCCAAGGCCGUCGUCUUUGGCAGCGAGCUGAUGGAGGCUGUCUGUGAAGUUCAUGCCUCUCUGGGGAGGUCACUGAAGGUGUUUUGCUCCGGGGAGUGGAAUCAGAAGCUGGUUCCCGAAGGAACCGAAAGUCUGGAGCUGCUGCUGGAGGACAUGCCCACACAACUCCCCAGCCCACCACAGCGCAACUUUACAGAUCGGCUCUUCUACAUCUAUACGUCUGGGACCACUGGGAUGCCCAAAGCUGCGAUCGUCGUUCACAGCAGGUACUAUCGCAUGGCUGCACUGGUCUACUAUGGUUUCAAGAUGACUUCAGAUGAUGUGUUAUAUGACUGCCUGCCGCUCUACCACUCUGCAGGGAACAUCGUAGGGGUUGGGCAGUGCCUCAUCCACGGCAUGACUGUAGUUAUCAAACGCAAGUUUUCUGCCUCGCGGUUUUGGGAUGACUGCAUCAAGUACAAAUGCACUAUUGUCCAGUACAUCGGGGAGAUCUGCCGGUACCUGCUGAACCAGCCUGUCCGGGACGCAGAGAGGCAGCACUGUGUACGCAUGGCCCUGGGCAACGGCCUGCGCCUCUCCAUCUGGAUGGAGUUCAUGACCCGCUUCAGCGUGCCUCAGAUCGCAGAGUUCUACGGCGCCACGGAGUGCAACUGCAGCUUGGGCAACUUCAAUAACAAGGUAGGUGCCUGUGGGUUCAACAGCCGCAUUCUCCCGGGCGUCUACCCCAUCCGGCUCGUAAAGGUGGAUGAAGACACCAUGGAGCUGGUCCGCGGGCCUGAUGGUGUCUGCAUCCCUUGUAACCCCGGUGAGCCAGGACAACUAGUGGGACGAAUUAUUCAGAAUGACCCGCUGCGCCGGUUUGAUGGUUAUGUGAACCAGACAGCCACCAAUAAGAAGAUUGCCCACGACGUCUUCAAGAAGGGAGAUAGUGCAUAUCUCUCAGGCGACGUGCUGGUGAUGGACAAGUAUGGCCACAUGUUCUUUAAGGAUCGCACCGGCGACACCUUCCGCUGGAAAGGGGAGAACGUGUCGACCACAGAGGUGGAGGGGACGCUUAGCCGCCUCUUGGACAUGAAGGACGUAGUUGUGUACGGCGUGGAGAUUCCAAGGUCUGAGGGAAAGGCCGGAAUGGCUGCGAUAGCUGACCCCAGCCAUGAAACGGAUCUGGAGAAGUUUGCCCAGGAGCUUGAGAGAGUGCUGCCGGCGUACGCCCGGCCCGUGUUCCUGCGCUUCCUGCGGGAGGUAGACAAGACGGGCACCUACAAGUUCCAGAAAUCUGACAUGCGACGAGACGGCUACAAUCCUCAAGUCAUGUCCGACAAACUCUACUUCCUGGAUGUUACCCGGGGGCGAUAUGUGGAGUUGACCACGGAGGUCUACCGUAACAUCAUUUCGGGGCAACAGAAAGUGUGACACCAAUCCCCAGCACCCCUGCCCCCCCCGCACCUUUUUCUUCAUAGCACACACUAUAUUGACCACCCCCAAUGCACCCUGAUUCCCCCCAACCCCUCGCAUUUCCCAACUCUGAAAGGUUCAGCCUCUCAUUACCUCGUUACCCCGCCCCCCCCAGUAAGGAACUGGUGGAUCUUCUCAAUAAAACAGAGAUAAACAGCAGCCCAUUCUGUAUAGGGGGUGAGCCAUUAUAAGACGGGAAUUACAGGACUGAGUGGCGUCCCGGAAGUAAAAAAAGACCCAAAAGCCUUUCAGCCCAAGAUGGCGAUUUGUCCCACUGGCUGGGAACGGCAGUGGGCUCUGUAUCUGGGUCUAGCUGCAUUUGAUCUGCAUGGGGCUUCUGUUUCUGAAGGCAGAAGAUUUUUGGAAAAAUUAUGAAAUUUUGAAAUGUGCAAUAUGAGAUGAGUUCCACCUGUGUAAUAAUUCAGAAAAACAUCCAAGUACAAUUCCUAUCAAAGUAUGAGUAGAAGUAAAAGUAAAUUAUAUUGUAGCCUCAUCGUACUUUU